AUGGCUGGCGGUAGCAAGACUAGUAAGAGAACUAGUACGUACAGCUCCGCAGCAUUUUACGAAGUCGACGGCGGCGGUCAAAUUGUUGGCUCUAGUUUGCUGGGGAGAGGGAGGAUACGUAAGGGUAAGCGAUCUGCGGGGUUAAUGCCUGCUGAAGGGUGGGCUGGAGGGUGGGCUGGCACGGGCUGGGCUGGCACCGGCUGGGCGGGCGCCUUACUGGGUGACGAGUUUAAAAUUAGUGAAAUAUUUAUUUUGGAAUAUCGAUCUCAAAAGCCUCAAUACUACGGCAAAAGAUCUGGCGAUGUUGGAGUUCACCUGUGCAGUCUGCAAAAACGACACUUUUGA